AUGGAUUACGAAGCUCUCAAAGAGCAAUGGAGUGAGGUCGAGGACCGUGAUGGCGUCCGCCUCAGUUGGAACGUGUUUCCUAGCUCGCGCAUGGAAGCAUCUCGCCUCGUCGUGCCCAUCGGUGCUCUCUAUACACCCCUGAAAGAGAAACCCGAUACCCCGCUGCUGCAGUUUGAACCGGUCACCUGCAAGCAGCCUUGUCGUUCUGUUCUCAACCCGUUUUGCUCAGUAGAUGUCCGCGCUCGUCUGUGGAUAUGUCCGUUCUGCCUCUCGCGAAACCCCUUGCCGCCGCACUACAAAGAUAUUACGGCCAAUGCGAUCCCCCCUGAGUUACAUCCCUCCAACACCACGAUCGAGUAUCGACUCUCGCGCCCGGCGCCCAGUCCCCCUAUAUUUCUCUUUGUGGUUGAUGCCUGCCAAGAGGAUGAUAGUCUCUCAGCCAUGAAGGAGUCAUUGAUCAUGAGCCUGAGCCUCCUUCCCGAGAAUGCUCUAGUGGGGUUGAUCACUUACGGGACAAUGGUCCAGGUGCAUGAGAUCGGCUACACUGAAUGUGCUAAGUCAUAUGUUUUUCGCGGCAGCAAGGACUACUCCGCCAAGCAGGUCCAGGAAAUGCUCGGGCUGCUGUCUGCUGCAAUGCGACCAGGCAUGCCCCAACAGCAACCUGGCAGACCCAUGCCUGCAGGCCCGGCAUCACGGUUCCUGCUGCCUGUUCAGCAGGCCGAGUUCCAGUUGACAAAAGCUCUGGAACAGCUCCAAAAGGACCCCUGGCCAGUAGCAAACGACCGCAGGAGCUUGCGAUGCUCCGGUGUUGCGUUAAGUGUAGCUGUGGGCCUUCUCGAAUCUUCCUUCCAACAUGCUGGUGGCCGCAUUAUGUUAUUUGCAGGUGGUCCCGCCACUGAAGGUCCUGGCAUGGUUGUUGGCCCUGAGCUUCGAGAACCCAUUCGGUCUCACCACGACAUCGACCGAGACAACAUCAAGUAUUAUAAGAAAGCUCUCAAAUUCUACGAAAAUCUUGCCAAGAGAACAGCACAUAACGGGCACAUCAUUGAUAUCUUUGCUGGCUGCUUAGACCAGGUUGGCUUGUUGGAGAUGAAAGGCCUGUGCAAUUCUACAGGCGGUCACAUGGUAUUGACAGAUAGCUUUACCUCCUCUAUGUUCAAACAGUCGUUCAUCCGCAUAUUUGAGAAGGAUGGAGAUGACAAUUUGCUCAUGGGCUUCAAUGCAACACUGGAGGUAUUGACUACAAAAGAGCUAAAGGUUACUGGUCUGAUAGGACAUGCGAUUUCGCUCAACAAGAAGUCCACGUCGGUGGGUGAGACGGAAUGUGGUAUUGGCAAUACAUGCUCCUGGAAGAUGUGUGGCAUUGACCCCAAUGCCAGCUAUGGCGUAUACUUCGAGAUCGCCAGCCAGGGAGGCCCAGCACAACACCAGCAGUCUCCACAGAAAGGCAUGAUCCAGUUUCUCACAUACUACCAGCAUUCGUCUGGCCAGUUUCACCUUAGGGUGACAACGAUUGCCAGGAACCUUAGCGGCCCGGCAGGUGAUCCGGCAAUAGCCCAGUCGUUUGACCAGGAAGCUGCUGCGGUUUUAAUGUCACGUAUCGCCGUAUUCAAGGCCGAAGUGGACGAUGGCCCGGAUGUUUUGCGCUGGGUUGACAGGAUGCUUAUAAGACUUUGCUCACGUUUCGCAGACUAUCGCAAGGAUGACCCCUCAUCUUUCCGAUUGGAGAAGAACUUCACCUUGUACCCCCAGUUCAUGUUCCAUUUGAGAAGGAGUCAGUUCUUGCAGGUCUUCAAUAACUCUCCGGAUGAGACAGCGUUCUAUCGACAUGUGCUUAAUCAUGAGGAUGUAAGCAACUCGCUGAUUAUGAUUCAACCCACGCUGGACAGUUACACGUUUGAUCAAGAAUCGUCCCCUGUUCUUCUUGAUAGUUCUUCUAUCCAGCCGACUCACAUCCUACUUCUUGAUACCUUCUUUCAUAUCCUCAUCUUCCACGGCGAGACCAUUGCUGAGUGGAGAAAAGCGGGUUAUCAGGACCAAGAAGGUUACGAAAAUUUUGCUGCUCUGCUCGAACAGCCCAAGGAAGAUGCAAGAGAUCUUAUCACCGACAGAUUCCCGUUGCCGCGUUUCAUUGUUUGCGAUGCUGGCGGUAGUCAGGCGAGGCAAGUCUUUCUCUACUUUUUUCCUGCGAAUAUGGAGGCUAACAAAUCACAGGUUCUUGCUAUCGAAGCUAAAUCCUUCCACCACCCAUACGACUGGGGCAUAUGGCGGAGUGGGGGCCCAGAACGCCCAGACAAUAUUCACCGACGACGUAUCCCUACAGACCUUUAUGGACCAUCUAAUGAAGUUGGCCGUGAGCGGCACGAACUAGGGCAGACGGAACUCAGAGCGUGGAACCUGUACAGCUUGGAGAAAGCUGAACUUGGGAAACAACGCAACCUGGUAAUGAAAAACAAGAUGGCGGUGUGGCGCGUCCUGUCUAGGGCUGCGGAGCUACGGCGCACACAUCUGCAAAAUUUCCUUGACGGUCACAAAGACAUUAAUUCUUCCUUCGAUCACCAACUUUCCUACCAGACCCCAGAUCCGAGAGCAGUCACAAUGCCUCCCAAGCACGAUCCCAACGAGGUUAAGGUCAUUCACCUCCGUGCCACCGGAGGUGAGGUUGGCGCCUCCUCCGCUCUGGCUCCUAAGAUUGGUCCUCUUGGUCUGUCCCCCAAGAAGGUCGGUGAAGACAUUGCGAAGGCCACUGGCGACUGGAAGGGUCUCCGAGUGACCGUGAAGCUCACCAUUCAGAACCGUCAAGCCGCCGUCUCCGUCGUCCCCACUGCCUCCUCUCUUAUCAUCCGUGCCCUCAAGGAGCCUCCCCGCGACCGGAAGAAGGAGAAGAACAUUAAGCACAACAAGUCUGUCGCCCUUGACGAAAUCAUCGACAUUGCGCGGACCAUGCGCUUCAAGUCGUUCUCUAAGGACCUUGCAGGCACUGUGAAGGAGAUUCUGGGAACGGCAUACAGUGUUGGAUGCCAGGUUGACGGCAAGCCCCCACAGGCAGUCAUCGAUGCUAUCAACGCUGGUGAGAUCGACAUCCCCGAGGAGUAG